AUGACGCUUCUCCACUUGAACUUCGGGGAAAGUCUGAGAUCCGAGCCCCAGCCAACCCGGUCACAGCAGACGUUUCUGCAGGAUGCCUCUCUGAGCACCUUGACGAUAAGCAUCCGGACCCCACCCACACUCCUGGAGCUGGCAGGAAGGAGCCUGCUGAGGGACCAGGCCUCAGCCAUCGCAGCUCUGGAGUACUUGCCCGCUGAGCUCUUCCCGCCGCUGUUCAUUCAGGCCUACCAUAGGAGAAUGCGGACACCCCUGAAGGCUUUGGUGCACGCCUGGCCCUUCACUGUCCUCCCUCUGGGGAGCCUGCUGAGGCUGCCUCCGUUCAUGGUCUUACAAGCAGUGUUUGAGGGGCUUGACGUUCUGCUUGCCCAAGAGAUUCGCCCCAGGAGGUGGAAACUGCGGGUGCUGGAUUUAAGGAACAUGAAUGUCAACCUCUGGAGAUUGUGGUCUGGAGACAGCACCCAGAAGUGCUCUCAGACAGGACCAGCGACUGUGCACAGCUCCAGCCCCAACAUGGAGCACCCCUUGGCUCCCUUGGAGGUGUUCCUAGACCUUAACUUCAAUGAAAGGGACAGGGAUAAGUUUUUCAUGUACAUCAUCCAAUGGGCCCAGCAGAGAAAAGGGUUGGCACACCUGUGCUGCAAGUCGCUGAGGUUUUUUGAUGUGCCCUUUGAGAGGGCGAGGAAGGUCCUGGAUGCGGUGCAGCUGGACUGCAUCCAGGAGGUGGAAGUGGACUACACCUGGGACCUGCCCACCCUGGGGACAUUUGCUCUCUACCUGGGUCAGAUGAGUCACCUGCAGAGUCUUGCUCUCUGCCACAUCAAGAUGCUCAGGCUGUGGCACCUCAAGAAGCUCUACUUGGAAUCUCCCUCCUUCCUCCAAGGCCGUCUGGACCAGAUCCUUAGGUGCCUGCAGACCCCCUUGGACAAACUCUCCAAGCUGCUGCGCCACACAGCCUGGCUGCGCAGUUUAGAGCUCCAGCUGUACCCCGUCCCCCUGGAGUGUUACAGGACCCAAGAGACUGUGGACCAGGAGAGAUUUGCCCUGAUCCGGGCUGAGCUCACGGAGACACUGAGGGAGUUAGGACAACCCAGGACCAUCCGUCUUGACACCAAGUACUUUAGCUCUAUCACCACCUUCAGAAACACCACAGCUAUCCUCAACCUCUGA